AUGAAUUUCAAAUGGCACAGUAUUAGAAGAUUGCCUAAUAUGUUAAAUGGCCGAUUAAUUACUCUACCUAAAUAUAAAAUAAAAAUGCGUUCUGGAUAUUCAUUUUUUUCGACCCAAUCAUCGUUUGGUCAGAAUAAUGUUAUAGAUGACAUACAACUACGAUCUACAAACCGAGCAUCUACCACAGAAACAGAUGAUGUUCGCAGAGCUCGUUUAUUAUAUCAAAGUAGAAAGCGUGGGAAUUUGGAAAAUGGAAUUCUGUUAAGUACAUUUGCUGCUAAAUACCUGAAUUCAAUGACACAUGAACAGCUUAUUGCGUAUGAUAGUUUAAUCAACUUACCAGACAAUGAAUGGGACAUUUACUAUUGGAUUACAAAGGCAAAAGAAGCCCCGGAAUAUUUUCAAACAGAUAUAUUACAACUUCUUCAAGAAUAUUGUCAAAACAAUAAAAAUGAACUACGAAAUGAACAGCCUAGUUUGUAUUAA